ACAGGCGGCGCGGCGACGAGGCCAACGGGGGCGCCGAGCACCACGGCGCCGAGGCGGAGCGCCAGGAGGAGGUCGAGCGCGUGCGGCAGGUGCUGCCGGCAGAGCUGGGGGCCACCGAGUACCGCCCGGAUCGCGCGGCGUGGCAGAACGCCCUGGUGCUCAGAGAGGCUGCGCCUCCGGCUGAGCCAGCGCCGGCGCCCUGGCUGGUCUUCACCCUCGCGCCCCGCGGCGCGCGGCCGCGGUUCGUGCUAUCGUGGCUGGCGGAGCACGGGCUGCUGCCCCUGCGCUGGGUGACGCCGGUGGGCGCCGAGAAGAUGGCGCAGAGCAUACGGGAGCUGCCCCUGUACGUGCGGCAGCGCGGCAGCGACGAGGGGCUGGAGAUGGUGUGGGAGGAGGCGGAGCUGCUCGAGGCGCUCGCCUGCGAGGUGGCUAUGGCGCGCGGCCAGCACGUCUGGGUCUCCUGCGCACCCCGCGACGCCGGCAGGGUCGCUUCGCGGCUGCGGUGCCUGCGGGCAAGGCACCCCUCCCACCGCGUCGCCGUUCUGGACAUCCGCGCGGACGCCGCCGCGCUGGAACGGCGGCACCGGGAGGCGUUGCGGGAUACAGGGCGCGGCACGCCGGAGACCGUGGAGCUGCCAAGAGAGGCCGACCUGGAGGCGCUCGCGGACCUCUGCGACCUGGUGGCGCGCGUCGACGCCAGCGAAGACCAGCCCAUUUUGCAGCGCGUGGAGGCCGUGGACAAAGGCGGCUCGUGGGUGGCGCUCGGCCGCCACUUCGCGGCGCCAGCAGCGCUGCCGGCGGCGCUGGGGGCGCAGUUCCCUCUGUCGCUGCGGCCGUUGAGGCUGCAGCGGGUGACGAUGAACCCUGGGCUGGUGCGCGGGAAGGCGCGGACGGAGGCCGGGGCCCCCGGCGCGCUGUCCGUGGACCUGCAGCUGCUGGCGGAUGCCUUCGGCCUGGGACGGACGGGCAGCUCCCUGGCGCAGGCCCUGGAGGCUCACCAGGGAAGGGCCGACUGCAUGGGCGCCAGCGGCGAGG